UGCAAGUACAAUGCGUCACGGUUGAACGGCGCGGGGCUUGCUAAUAACAAAGCGAGCAGUGUUAACAGAGAUCCAGCAGCACCAGGGCAUGCAUGUAAAAUAGAAAGCAAGCAAAAAUAAACAGGGAAUCAACGCGGUGGUGAGCUGGAGAUUGGAAGAUUUAUAAACUUUGAGCUCCAAGGUUUAUCAUUGAGAGGCAAGCACACCCCCAGCAAACGGGUAGGCGCUAAGAGGCAUGUUCCAAUGGCAGCUGCGCUCUUCUGCGGGGGGGUCCCUGUCAGGAGAGAAGAAGCAAUGUGUAGAGAGUUUGCUCAGGCACAGUCCUGCUUACUCGAGGAAACGCGUUGUCGAUUCGAAAAAGAAAGAAAAAUCCUGGUCAGGUUGUCCGCUAAUUUUUCUUCGACGAGUGGCUGAUGGGAAACAGACAUCGGAAGGCAACAAAAAUAUUGUGUAGUGUAGAUAUUCAAACAGGCACCGACCUCGCUCGGCCCGUCUCUAUUCUCUGCCACACGGCGCUGAGCGAAUGGUCUUUUGUAUUUCAAGUCGCCUGAUGGAUGCCCGCGACGCGGUUGAGAACAGUAGGCAGUGAAAUUCGCGCGCCACUGUAGCAACAACCCUAGACUUUAAUAGCGUAACAUUCAUUUAACCUACAGCAAUUGAUACCCAAAGCGGGGUAGCCUGGAUUGCUGAGCUGUCGGAAGUCGGAAUUGGGAGCAGCAAGCCUUAAUCUUGGUUCUUGGCAUUUGCUCAGUUGAUGCAUACCUUGCCUCGAUAUGUGCACAGCGCCAAGACGCGAUAACUCUAAUCAGUAAUCAGUCGAAUCUCAUCAGCCUCGCGAUUCCAAGAAGUGUUGGCGCGUUCAUACCAGCUUCCUCGAACGGCAAAAAUCUAACAUCUUCUCCAAAGUCAUUUGCAACAAGCGCACAAUGGCUGCUCCCGUCGUCACCGUCUCCGAGAGCAAAGAGCUCCGGGGGCUCAACCUCAUCGCCGCCCACUCGCACAUUCGUGGGCUGGGUGUUGAUGCCGAUACCCUCGAGCCCAGAAUUGCCUCCCAGGGCCUGGUAGGACAGGAGAAGGCGCGCAAAGCUGCCGCUGUGGUGCUGGAGAUGAUCAAGCAGGGGAAGAUUGCUGGCCGCGCAGUGCUUAUUGCUGGGCCCCCAAGUACCGGCAAAACCGCCAUCGCAAUGGGCAUGGCCCAAUCCCUCGGCUCCGACGUCCCCUUCACUACCCUCGCCGCCUCCGAAAUCUUCUCCCUCGAAAUGUCCAAAACCGAAGCCCUCACCCAAGCCUUCCGCAAGUCCAUCGGCGUCCGAAUCAAGGAAGACUCCGAAAUCAUGGAGGGCGAAGUCGUAGAGAUCCAGAUCGACCGCUCCGUCACGGGCGGCGCAAAGCAAGGGAAGCUCACUAUCAAAACCACCGACAUGGAAGCCAUCUACGACAUGGGCAGCAAAAUGAUCGACGCCAUGACCAAAGAGCGCGUCAUGGCCGGAGACAUCAUCUCCAUCGACAAAUCCUCCGGCAAGAUUACCAAGCUCGGCCGUUCCUACGCCCGCUCCCGCGACUACGACGCCAUGGGUGUCGACACAAAAUUCCUCCAGUGCCCCGAUGGUGAACUCCAAAAACGCAAGGAAGUCGUCCACACUGUCUCGCUCCACGAAAUCGACGUCAUCAACUCCCGCACCCAGGGCUUUUUGGCCCUCUUCUCGGGUGAUACCGGUGAGAUCAGGAGUGAAAUCCGCGAUCAAAUCAACACAAAAGUAGCAGAGUGGAAGGAAGAAGGCAAAGCCGAAAUAGUCCCCGGCGUGCUCUUCAUCGACGAAGUCCACAUGCUCGACAUCGAAUGCUUCUCGUACAUCAACCGCGCCCUCGAGUCCGACCUCGCCCCCAUCGUCAUCAUGGCCAGCAACAGAGGACACUCCAAGAUCAGGGGAACAGACUAUAAAUCCCCCCACGGUCUCCCCCUCGACUUCCUCGACCGUGUAUCAAUCAUCAACACGCACGCUUAUAACGGCGACGAAAUCAGGCAGAUUCUUACUAUUCGUGCCCAGGAGGAAGAAGUGGAUAUCACACCUGAUGCUCUUGCCCUCCUGACAAAGAUUGGACAGGAGGCUGGGCUGAGGUAUGCGAGCAAUCUUAUCACUACUUCGGAGCUCAUCAGGGCGAAGAGGAGGGGUGCGAGCAAGCAAAUUGGUAUCGAGGAUGUGCAGAGGAGCUUCAAGCUGUUUUAUGACCCGGGCAGGAGUGUGAAGUUCGUGCAGGAUUCGGAGAAGAGGUUGAUUGGGGAGGACGGGGCGGUGGAUUUUAGAGUGCAGAAUGGUGCUGGUGCUGCUCCUGCGGCGGCGGUUGUGUCUGCGGUCGGGGGUGGGGAGAAGAUGGAUACCUCGUGAUAGAGGGGAAAUGUGUAUGCUUGCUGUCUAUGGGAAUUUUUGCGUAGGCGUUACGGGAUAGGGGGUAAAAAGAGAAUUGCUGUGUUUGUUUACAUGGCGAGGCAGAUCAUGGAUUGUAACUGUAAUGAAAUAGAUUGCUUUGAGAGACCAAACCGAGCAUCACUGCCAUGGUGGUGCACCAAGGGCUGUUAAUGUGUUCAAAUUACGAAUUAC